CAGCCUUUCACAUUUCUGGAUGUGUCCUGGCCUCCAGCCCUUAUCUCCUCCAGCCCCUGGGCUGUUUACAGAGAAUGGUUAUAAAGAGGCUGACCCAGCAGAGAGUGGAGAGGAAUUACAGGGUGCAGGAAAACAGCAGCACCAGACCAGACUGGGUGUCUGCUUGAGUCACUGCAUUCUGCUGAGCACGAUGGGGAAGGACUGGCUCUUCAAGAAACCAGUUAUCUUUCUCCUUCUCUUCUUCUUCCUGCCUGGAAAUAUCUCUCCCACUGCAGAACCGCAGUACAUGGUGCUUCUGCCCUUUCUGAUACACACUGAUUCUCCUGAGAAAGUCUGUGUUCAGCUGACUCACCUAAAUGAGUCUGUGACACUGAGUGCUACACUUGAGUAUCAAGGGGAAAACAGGAGCUUGAUUGAUGAUGUGGUGUCAGAGAAGGAUCUGUUUACCUGCAUCCCUUACUCUGUUUCAAAAUCCAACAGCACAUCAGUGGCACUUCUCACUGUGACAGUGAAGGGAGAGACCCUGCAGUUCAGAAGCCGCAAGUCAGUGCUGGUCAAGAAUUCUGAGAGUUUGGUCUUCAUCCAGACAGACAAACCCAUCUACAAGCCUGGACAGACAGUUCAGUUUCGGAUCGUCUCUCUGGAUAAAGACUUCCAUCCACUGAAUGAGAAGUUUCCACUUGUCUAUGUUCAGGAUCCUCAGAGAAACCGUGUGUUUCAAUGGCAAGGGGUAGAACUGGAGACUGGCCUUACACAGCUCUCCUUCCCCCUCACCUCUGACCCCAUCCAAGGCUCCUACAAAAUAGUCGUGCAGAAGAACUUCAUCUCCCAUGUGGAGCACUCCUUCACUGUGGAGGAAUAUGUGCUGCCCAAGUAUGAGGUCUUGGUGAAGCUGCCUAAGAUGAUCACUAUUGAGGAUAAGGAACUUCCAGUGUCCACAUGUGGUCUUUACACCUAUGGGAAACCUGUCCCUGGUUUGGUGAAUAUCCAAGUGUGCCGGAAGUUUUCCCAUUCUGUUUCACACUGUUAUAGAAAAGAAGGAGAAGCUGUAUGUGAAGAAUUCACUAAGCAGGCAGAUGCUCACGGAUGCGUUUCUGCUGUAGUAAGGACUAAGAUAUUUCAGCUCCGGCGCAGGGGAUAUGAGAUGAGCAUUGAGGUGCAAGGCAAGAUCACAGAAAAUGGCACAGGAAUAGUUAUGACUGGAACAGGCUCCUGUGAAAUCACAUCCAUCAUGAGCAAAGUCAGCUUUGACCUGUUGGACUCUCACUACAGACCAGGGAUCCCACUCUCUGGGAGGGUGAAGCUGGUAGAUGGUAGUGAUGCUCCCAUUGCCAAUGAAACCAUCAGGAUUUCUGUGAAUGGAGACAUAUACAAAGGAAAUUACACUACAGAUGAGCAGGGACAAUCCUGGUUUUCCAUCAAUACUACCACGUUCACAGAAGCCUCCCUGGAAAUCCGAGCUGAAUAUAAACCUGAACUGAACUGUUAUGACAGUGGCUGGAUCACACCUUCAUAUGAGCAUGCCACGCGUAGAAUAAGCCGGUUUUACUCCCCCAGUAAGAGCUUCCUCAAAAUUGAGCCCAAGUUGGAGAGGUUAAGUUGUGGCUCCUCCACAGAGAUCCAGGUGCACUAUAUCUUCACACCAGAGGCCAUUGGACAGCAGAAGAAAAUUGUCAUUUACUAUUUGGUGAUGGCCAAGGGCAGAAUUAUCAUAGCAGACACCCACGAUCUGACUGUGAAUCCUGGAAAUGCUUAUGGGAUAUUCCAGUUGAUCUUACCUGUUGACAUGACAAUUGCUCCCCUGGCACAGAUGCUUGUGUAUACCACUUCACCCAGUGGAGAAGUCAUUGCUAGUACAGCAGAAUUCCAGGUUGACAGUUGCCUUCUCAAUAAAGUCAACUUGAGUUUUGUAUCCAAAGAAGAUCUUCCUGCCUCCAGCACAAGCCUGAAACUCCAUUCCUCACCAAGGUCCCUGUGUGCUCUCCAUGCUGUAGACAGGAGUGUUCUCUUCAUGAAGCCUGAAGAUGAGCUCUCUCCCAGCUCUGUGUAUAACCUUCUCCCACUCAAGGAACUCCGGGGCUAUAGCUUCAAGGACUACUACUUGGAAGAAGAAGAUGUAAACCCUUGUGUGUCACUUGACAACAUAUUAUUAAAUGGAUUCAUCUACAUACCCAUUUCUCCUGAUGGUGAAGGUGAUGCUUAUAACAUUCUCAAACUCUUAGGCUUAAAAGUCUUCACUAGCAACAAGAUCCAUAAGCCUGAAGUCUGCCAGCAUUACACAGCACAUAUGAUGGAAAGGAGUUACACUGGUUCUAUCAGUGCAUCACGACUGCUUGAUGAUUCACACUAUGCAAUGUUGGAAGAGAUGGAUGCUGGCAAUCCUUUGGAGACCAUCCGGAAGUACUUCCCUGAGACAUGGAUUUGGGACUUAGUUUCAGUAAACUCUGAGGGAAAUGCUGAACUAGAUGUGACCAUCCCUGACACCAUCACUGAGUGGAAAGCCAGUGCCUUCUGCAUGUCCUCAGACACAGGCUUUGGCCUGUCACCAACAGUGUCCCUCAGAGCCUUCCAGCCUUUCUUUGUAGAGCUCACCCUGCCUUAUUCUGUAGUGCGUGGUGAGGCCUUCACGCUGAAAGCCACUGUUUUCAACUACCUGACCGCCUGCAUCAGAGUCAGUGUGAUUCUGGCUCAGUCUACUCAAUUUCUGGCUACUCCAGUGGAAAAGGAGGAAGACUCUCAUUGUCUCUGUGAGAACGGGAGGAAAACAGUGGCUUGGCUGGUGACUCCCAAAUCUCUAGGGCUGGUGGAGUUCUCGGUGAGCACUGAGGCCCUGCAGAACCAGCAGCCGUGCAGAAACACCGUAGUGGAGACCCCUGAGAAAGGGCGGAAGGACACGGUCAUCCGGCAGCUGCUGGUGGAGCCUGAAGGAGUUGAGAAGGAAACCGUUCAGAACUCUGUGAUCUGUUUGAAAGGACAGCCUGUGAAAGAGAAGUUUUCUCUGCUGCUCCCUUCAAACGUGGUACAAGACUCAGGCAGAGCAUAUUUCUCAGUGCUGGGUGACAUCAUGGGCACUGCCAUGCAGAACCUGCACCAGCUCCUCCAGAUGCCUUUUGGUUGUGGAGAACAGAACAUGGUCCUGUUUGCACCCAACAUCUAUGUCCUGGACUAUCUGAACAAGACAGGGCAGCUGAGUGAGGAGGUCAGAUCCAAGGCCAUCGGAUACUUAGUGAGCGGUUAUCAGAGGCAGAUGAACUACAAGCACCCAGAUGGCUCUUACAGUACCUUUGGACCACGUUAUGGCCAAGUGGGGAACACCUGGCUCACAGCCUUUGUCCUGAAGUCCUUUGCCCAGGCCCGCUCUCACAUCUUCAUAGAUGAAAAGCACAUCCAGGAUGCUUUGAUCUGGCUCAGUGAAAAGCAGAAGGAGAAUGGCUGCUUCCGCAGUUCUGGGGUGCUCCUGAACAAUGCCAUGAAGGGUGGAGUGCGCGAUGAGGUAACACUGACAGCCUACAUCGCUAUUGCACUGCUGGAGAUUCCUCUGCCCGUAACU